GCUGUGAAAUCCAUGAAAUACUCCAAAAGUAAAGCAUCACAUAUGGACUCUCAAAUGAAAGCAACAGAAUAUUUUGGUUUGAACAGUCAGUCAAAUUACUACCACAUGGGAUUAUGCAAUUGUGAGUAUAUUUUUCAUUUCUCAUCUCAUCGAUUUUUUCAUUUAGCCAAUUUAUAACUUAGCUCAAUGUACUUUGGUUAUGAGAAUGUCUUCUAAAAAAUGAAAGGUCAUGACUUAAUUCUCAAAAGAAUAUUAUUUGAUUACUAGUAUAUAACUAUUAAUUUUGAUGGCUCUGACCCUUUCAGUAAGUUAUUAAUUAUCUUUGUAGGCAGGAAUGACAUUAUAGACCUUGAAAAAAAUUAUGGAAAAUAACUCUCUAAAAAGACAAACUUUAAAAUGUUUCAUUUUCAGAAAAAUCAUUAGAACAUGUGGUGACUGAACAUUAGAACAUGUUGUAGAUGUCUACCUAAUUUUUUUACACAUAUGAUCAAAUUUUUAAAAGAAAGUACAACACAUUUGAUAACUAUAUUUCUAUACAAAUGUGAUUAUUAGUCCUAUCGAAUUGACUCACUGUGAUCUAUAAGAUACAAGUUUUUCUGUCCUGGCUUAGAUACAUUUUCAGAACUCAGUAAAAUCUGGUUAAUAAUUUAUCAGUCCAUUAUAUUAUAUUAUUCUUAAACCAGCAGAGGAGAUUUUAAAAAAGUAAUCCUAUAUUCACUAAAUCUUGUUUCUUGUUUGCAUUUAUACGCCUGGAAGAAGCAAUUAAGAAAUGAAAAAUCACACAUCUGUAAAUGAGUUCAUACUUCUGGGAUUAACAGAUGAUUCAAAGCUAAAUGUUUUGAUUUUUCUAUUUCUAUUUUUCACAUAUAUACUGAGUAUAACUGGAAACCUGACAAUUAUCACCCUCACUCUGAUAGAGUCACACCUCAAAACUCCCAUGUAUUUCUUCCUUAGGAACUUCUCUUUCCUAGAAAUCUCAUUCACCACAGUGUGUAUUCCUCGAUUUCUGGUCAGCAUUGUAACAGGAGACAGGACCAUUUCCUAUCAUUCUUGCAUGGCCCAGGUCUUUUUCUUCAUACUCCUUGGUGCAACAGAAUUUUUCCUUCUGACUGCUAUGUCCUAUGAUCGGUACGUGGCCAUUUGGAAGCCCCUGCAUUACACGACAAUAAUGAACAGCAGAAUCUGCAACCAGCUUGUCGUUAGUUCUUGGCUGGCUGGAUUUCUCAUUAUCUUUCCACCUGUGAUCAUGGGACUUCAGCUGGAUUUCUGCGACUCCAACAUCAUUGACCACUUCACCUGUGACUCUUCUCCCAUGCUUCUAAUCUCCUGCACAGACACAGCAUUCCUAGAGCUCAUGGCAUUUUUCUUGGCAACAUUCACGCUCAUGGUAACCUUAACACUGGUGAUUCUUUCUUAUGCAUUCAUCCUUAAAACAAUUCUGAGGAUCCCCUCUGCUGAGCAAAGGAAAAAGGCCUUUUCCACUUGCUCCUCACACAUAAUUGUUGUCUCCAUUUCUUAUGGAAGUUGCAUUUUCAUGUAUGUUAAAACUUCCGCCAAAGAAGGAGGGGCUUUGACCAAGGGGAUAGCAGUGCUUAAUACCUCUGUUGCCCCAAUGCUAAAUCCUUUUAUUUACUCCCUAAGGAACCAGCAGGUAAAGGAGUCCUUUAAGAAGCUGGUCAAAAAAUGCUUCUUAGAUAAAUUUUAAUCAGACAGAAAUUCAUGCCUUGAACUUUAUGUGGAACCGAUGUCUAACACAACUAUUAAUAUUAUAUUUCUCCAU